AUGGUCAAUGAAAAGAGUGGGUUCUCGGUUAAGGAGGGUAGGUAGGAAGUAUGAGGCGGGUUACUAGGAGGAGAGGUUAAUAGGAGAACGAAUGGAUGAACAAAUAUAGAACUUGAUUCUUGGGUGAAUACGGACUGAAAGAAUUCGGAAAGGAGGGACGUUUUAACCUGGUCAUCAGUCUCCACUUUUCCAUCUGCAGACCUGAGGGCAGGGAUCACCUCCUGAGUCCUUUUAGUACUUCGUAUAUAAACAUAUAGAAUUUUCGGAUGCUCCGACGAAUUUGGAAGUAUGCUCAGUUCAAAUGUUUCGUUGCCGCUUAUACUCCUAUAUGUGUUUUUUCGGAGCCAGUUAGUCUCUAACGACUCCACAGAUUAUUUGUUUUUCUGAAUGCGGCCUUUAAGUCGAAGUUUAUCCAUUUUGGGCAGUUUGUGAUUGUCCUUCUUCUGAGAGGAAAACUGGAAUAAACUAUCUCCUUCAGUAAGGAACUGAAGGCGAGUAAAGAUGGCCGGAUGCCGAGGACUUCCAAUUUUACUAAAAGGCGUCUAUGGGGCAUCUUGUCAAAGCUAUGCUAAGAUCAAAGUAUAUAAAAACCACUGACUGCUGCUCAUUACGAAGGGAAAUGAGUAAAUUAAGAAAUGUUAAGUGGCAAGUUUCGCAGGAACGUUCAGGUAAAAAUCCAUGCUGACUAGAGCUGAGAGGCCGAUUGGCUAGACAGAUAUCAAGAAGUCCACUGAAAAUAAUCCUUUCAAGAAGCCUUGCUAGAGACGGCGUUUUAUGCACGCCGCAACAUUUAUUAACAUCGAAUCGAGAUCCAGACAUCAAGCCGGGAAUGAUAAUUGACGUUUUCCAUGUUCCAGGAAAUAAUCCUUUUUAAAUAUAAACCGAGAAUAAAUGACUAAGAAAUAUGGAAAUGUCGGAAGCUUGUUUAAUAAUCGAAUUUGGAAUUCCUUUCGUUCGUGAGUUCUGAUGAGACAUCGAUAGAAAUCAGUGUCUUACCUGAAAGCGAGCGAAAGGAGGGAACGGUUUCGGUCUCAGUAGUAAGGUGUUUUGCAAAAACAACGUACUUAAGAAAUUUGUCUUGUUAUUGUCAUCGAUGAGAAAGAUUUCGUAAUCAUUUAGCAUGGGUGGAAGUUCGUGCCCACGCAUAGAGAAGGACCGACGCAGGACGCUUUUUGCGACGGAUUUAGCAGGGUUCAGAUCGCUGAGGGUAAGUGAUUCUCUGUGCCUCUCGCAACCUUGGCGAAUCCUUGAAAUCAUUUCGAAAAUCUAUGUUAUUCUAAGAUGAGCGGAUAAAAAACUAAUGGAUGGGUCGCGGAGCUUCAGUCUUAAUUUUUUAGGUCUGGUGCAAAGAAGAUAAUAAACAAAGGAAGUCCGAUGAUAUAAAUUUGGGAGAUCUAUCGGGCACAUACUUGAAGAUUUUUCUGAGAACCUUGGACAUGACGUCACAAAGAAGAGUAGCAUCACUACAGGAGCGAUCCUUCUGUGAGCUCAUUAUCAGUUCAUCUAAGAAUCGUUGAAAUAUUUGAACUAGCUUCGAAACUGAGGCUCGAGCGAGAUAGGCGUAGAGAGUCUUUAGCUAUUAAUAACGUGAAUUCUUCUAAAUCAGUUGCUCAGAUCUUCCGUCAGAGAUCAUCUGCUAAGUCCCACCAAGUCAUUCCGCCCUUGCUUAGUGCAAGUGAUGCCUUCAUUACAGAGGAGUCAGGCAAAGCAGAAAUUUUAAAUUCGUUCUUUGCCAAGCAUUUCACCAUUGAAACUGAUCCGAUCCCUUUAAUUCCUUCGUUGUCUGAUGCUUCUCUUAGCUUCAUUAAUUUUACUCCUGAAUGUAUUCAAAAACUGAUAAGCCAUCUUCCUAACUCUCACUCAGUAGGUACGGAUAAUAUCCCAAACUCUUUGAUAAAACAGCUAAGAGAUUUUCCUCCUCUGCUUAGCAAAAUCUUUUCAGUCUUUCUCGUAAAUGGCUUCUUCCCUGACUAUUGGAAAACUUCUAUUAUUAUUCCAGUAUUUAAGUCUGGCUGUCGUUCUGACGUACAAAACUAUCGAGGUGUCCAUAAAACACCCUCUCUCGCCAGAAUCUUUGAAAAAAUUAUCGCCGUAAAAAUUACCGAAUUUUGCAUAGCCAAUCAAGUUAUUAACCCUUCCCAGCACGGUUUUUUACCAGAUCGCCCUUGUGAAACAGGUCAUCUGUCGUUUCUCGAUCUACUUACCUCUCUUCGUAAUGAUCACCUAUCUGUUGUCGUUAUUUAUUUUGAUCUUAGUAAAGCCUUUGAUAAAGUGCCACAUAAAAGACUCUUCAUUAAAUUGGAAGCUAUGGGAAUUCGCAGUCCACUAAUAGACUUUCUCAGGUCAUACCUGUUUAAUCGUAAACAAAAGGUUUUGGUAGGAUCUUCACUUUCCAGUGAAAGUCCUUUUGUGAGCGGUGUCCUACAAGGUACCCUUUUAGGUCCACUUUUGUUCUUGCUUUACAUAAAUGAUAUUUCAGCAGCAGUUAAACAUUCUCAAUCAUUUAUUUAUGCCGAUGAUCUCAAAUGUGUAUAUUCUUUCAAUAAAUUUACGAGCCUUCAUUGCCUGGAGCAAAUCCAUGCUGACUUGCUUGCUCUCUCAGCUUGGAGCUCAAAAUGGCUAAUGGUAUUCUCUCCGUCUAAAUGUCGUUAUAUGUGUUUUGGUCCUAAUAGGCUACCCCAACCUGUGGUCUUUCAAGGAACACCUAUGACUGAAUGUACCACCAUCAAGGAUUUAGGUUUAAGCUACACUAGUAAUCUUGAUCUCUCACCGCACGCUGACAGAAUUACAGCCAAAGCUGCCCAGAUAUGUGGCUUUAUUUCUUACAAUUUCUAUCUUCCUGAAAUUAAAUUUAGGCUCUAUCGUAUAGAUUGGCAAAGUUGAGAGAUCCGGGUUGAUUAUUUGAAGAAGAAGAAGAAGAAGGUGGGCUCACCGGAACAGGUUUAUUAGGAUGCUGACGUUUCGAUCUCAAGCGAGCUACCAUCUUAGGCCGGGACAACACAAAAGCAGAACGGCUAACUCUUGAGGCGUGGUUCUCCGAUGCCCACUCCAUAAACAGGCAUCUGGACCUUCCUGCAGCCUACAAAGUCCUACGUCAUCACAAUCGUAGAGCUCAGGACCAAACAACCACACCGGGCUUAAGGAGGCCAUACGGAGACAGCCCGACGGCGAGUUUACUCGGUGAAGAAGAAGAAGAACCGCCAGACCGCCCACCCGACACUGGUGCAGUCACCUCCCCCCCCGGCGGAAUGGUGACUCACAAUGCACGCGGACAAAACACCAGUCAACCAUCCCCUGAUAGGCCGCGACAGCGAGAAGAGAGAGAGAGAAAAAAAAUCGACCAGCAGGAGGCCGUCCAACGUGACACGCCACUUGUGAUCUCUGGUGGAUUGAGUGCAUUUUACGCUUUGACAAUGGAGAGCCGACCAAGCUCUUCGAAACGUCAGCAUCCUAACAAACCUGUUCCGGUGAGCUCUAUCGUAUGUUUGUACUUCCCAUUCUCGAGUAUUGUUGCCCAUUCUUUGGUUUGAUGAAUAAAGCCAGUCGUUUAAAACUUGACAAUGUCCAAAGACGUUUUUCUAAAAAACUUUUAGAUAGGGAACAUCCCAAUAUCUCCUAUUCAGAUAGAUGCCAGCUAAUUAACCUAAAUUUUUAUGUGUUCGAAGACUAGAAGCGGGCUUCUGUCUCCUCUUUCGCAUUAAUCAUAGUUCAAAUUUUCCUCGCAUUUCAACACUUACUCCUAGUAGUCGCCCAUACAAUCUUCGCAACUCGUCUCUAAUUAUACCUCCUCCAGCGUCGUCCACCUCUAUGCGCUCCCUUUUUUUCGCUUCCAGGUAUACUUUCCUCUGGAAUAACCUUCCAAUAAAUAUAAGAUCUUCAGAAAAUCUGCAUACCUUUUAGAGAAGGCUACGCCUUUAUCUGAAUACUGACUCGAUUAAACUUUUAUUUUCCUCAUCCUUCCCAGACAACUUUUUCUAUGACACUGUGAAAGGGCCACCGGGAAUUUAGCAUGCCGCUAUUAAAUUUCCGUAUCUGUUCACGUUUCCUUCCUUUAUGAGUAGUCUCGCUACCUAAGAUCCCUCACCAGAAAUGCCAAUUAUUCCAAUUUUUCAGUUUAUGCAUCGUGCCAUCACAGAAUGCGCACCAUCGAUGCUCUUGGCGAAACCUUCUGUAUUCGCCAUAUACUAGUAGUUUGGUCGCAUCUCCUUUGCCCUAUCCUCGGAUGGACUCUGAUGAAUGUAAAAGACCGCAUCUGGGUUCUUGUCGCCUCGAGACUGGUUGUCAUCGUGCCCUCACUGAAUGCGCUCCAUCGACUCUCUUGGCGAAGCCUUCUAUAUUCGCCAUAUACUAGUAAUCUGGUCGCAUCUCCCUUCCCCCAUGUUCGGAUGGACUCGGUUGAAUGAAACCGACCGCAUCUGGGUUCCUAUCGCCUCGGGACUGGUUUUCAAUUUCGCCACUUAUUUUUCUUAUUCAAGGCGAUACAGGCCAGUCCUGACCGACACGCCUACGUACCAUUUUAUGAAAUCCGUUACACAAUGCCAUAUACAGCUGUCAUUUAUUUCGGCCAUGUUGAUGUCGGACUAUAAUCCAUUCUGUACCGCCACAUGCAGGCCAGUCCUCCCUGUGUUUUUCUGAUGCUAUUUUUCUGAGGGUUUUUUUUUCUCUUGUUAAAUUACUACAAUCAUUUUUAAAUUUUGCUUUGGAGUUUUUUUUCACCCCUCGUUUUAUUCAUUUUCAUUUUGCUUAACGGACUUCUAAUCUCAAAUACUCUGCAUUGCAUUUUGUACAGAUUUUGCCUUCCUCGUCUAAAUUUGGCAUGCACAUUUAUUUUUACUUGCUUUGAUGGGACCCCGACGGGUCUUUAAUAAAAAUAAUUGAAUUGAAUUGAGAAAACCACGCAAGCCAAGUGAUCCAGUGUGGUUAUUUAUUAAGUCAUCACUUGCGCAAUCGUAAUUUUGGUAGGCCUGAAAUCUACUGGUCUUUUUGAAAAUGUAAGGAUAAAGCGAUAAUAUAUUAGUAUGUGGUCACUAUUAUUAAGGUCCUUUUGAAAGAGCCAAGACGAGGGGAAAUUUUAUUGGUAAAGAUAUGAUCUAAAAUGUGAUUAUCUGCUGUUGGAGAGCACAAAAACUGAUACAAGUUAUAAAAAUUGAUAAUAUGUAGAAAGAGUUAAAAUCUUGGUGGACAGGACGUCGAAACCCAGUUUAUUUCAGGUAGGUUAAAAUCCCCAGUGAUUUUUUGAACACCGAAAGCAGCUUUCAACAUUAAUCUGAAGAUUUUACAGAGUUGUGCAUCAUCACUGGAUAAAGAGUUUGAGAGAUUUUACACAUAGCCAAGGAUGGCCUUUCUUUGCGACAAGCGAAUAAAAGAUGGAAACCAGAAGUUUCCUGAAUGAGGAGGCAUCCAGGUAAAAGGGAGUGUACUUUACGUAGGGUUUAUCACAAAGCAGACAACCGUUUCCAUGCCUAGGUGUGUGUACUUCGAGGUAGAAAUCAAAGUCAUCUAUAGAAAUGGAAAAAUCAGGAAUUAGAGAAUGAUUCCAUGAUUCUGUCAUGCAUAUAAUAUCUGGCGUCAUUUCGAGAACAAUGCAUCCGACUUGAGCCAAUUUGUCUAUAAUAUACCUGGCAUUGAGUAAAAUAAUAUCUUAUGUGUUUCGAACGGCAAAGCUAUUGUUAGUGGAUAUGCAAGCCGUGAAUUAAAGUUAUUUAGGGAAGCGGCACUAAUAAUAAUUAUUAUUAUAUUAAGACCCGUCGGGGUCCCAUAAAAGCAAGUAAAAAUAAAUUUACAUGCGAAUAUAAGACGAGGUAAUCAGAAUCUUUACAAAAUGCAAUUCAUAGUUUCUGAAUUAAUAGUCCAUUGAGAAAAAUGACUAGCGAGGCUUAAAAAAACUCCAUACAAGAAUUUAAAAAUGAUUGGGUUAAUUUUACAGCGGGAGAAAUUCAUCAAUAAAAAAUAAUAACAGAAAAAUGCGGAGGGGAAUGGCCUGCUUGUUGCGGUAUAUAAUCGGACAUCUUCAGGGCAACAAUAAAUGUUAGCCUUGAGGGGUACGCAUGGGGGUCAGACAGGAAUGGCCUGCAUAUGAUAUUGUAUACGGGAUUCAGAACUGACAUCGCCUGGGCCGGAUUGAUACGCCGGAUGAGACUAUUCGCGUCCAAGAGGCCAGACGAGAGGAACCCAGACGCGAUCGGCCGCAGUACGCUUCGAGCCCAGCCGAGGAGUGGGGAAGGGACGUAAGACCAAACUACUAGCAGACGGCGAAUACUGAGGGUUAGGCCGUGAGCGUCGACAGACCGCAUGAGGUCGUAAUGCGGGAGAUGACAUCAAAAACAGCGAAAAUUGUCGCUAUGGGGGAUGAGUGAUAGCAGUGGAUUUAGAAACCAAUUCAAAACAGGGUUUCAAAUGAUAUAGUUGAGGGUUACCACUUGAUCUACCACCAACUCUCAGGAGGACUCUUCUAUAAGUCAAGAAGCUAAGUGUUUGGGAUUGAGAACUUUAACAGUGCCCUUAUGCUGUGCGGUGUAAGAUGUUUGCGUAAGUUCGACUUGAAUACCAGUUAUUUCGGCGAUGAUCUAAUUUCAGUCGGAACAUUAUUCCACAAGAAUGCAUAUUUGGAAUCAAAGAAGAGGGAGCGCUUAGAUGUAGUGCAAAGAGUCGGCGGGAUCACCAUGCAGGAGUUGCGCGUGGCACAAGACCGAUCUCUCGGAGUGAGAGUGUCAAUGAGCAGAAGAAUGGAGCAAGAGUUGAUAGAUAAAGGAAGCAAAGGCCAGCAACGAUUCUUCUAACCCACCAAAACUUCAUGUUCGCCAGCUGACAUCUCCGAGCAUAAGAAAUACCGGACGAAGGUUGAUAGAACAGUUUUCGUGUGAAAACCCUCUGAACAUUUUCCAUUUUAUUACGGUCGCAGUCGUUCAUUAAACCGAAGAAAGGACAGCAGUAUUCGAGGACUGGAAGAAUAAACAUUAAAUAAAUUCUUAGCUUCAUUUCGGGAUGUAAAAAAUCAUGCGAUAUGAAUCCACAUAUCUGUGCGAAUUUGGUAGAGAUUCUGUCUGCAUAAGGAGAUAAAGUAAGCAACUUUGUAUAACCUAGAACUAGGUCCUUUAUGAUAAGACAUUCUGAGAGUGGAUUAUGCUGAAAACUUAUGGCAAAAGGGAGUUUGGCAGGACCAGAAGACUUGCAACUACACUUGGAUGAUGAAAUCUCUAUCUGCCAUGUUAAACCCCAUCUGUUUAAGCGUAGUAAAUCGGCAUUAAUUUUUUCAACACAAACAUUUGCGGCGUCCUUAGACUAUCAGUAAACACACUUGAGGUCGUCGGCAUAAAUACAAGUUUAGGAUUUUCAGAGUUCAGUCGAAAUAUCAUAAAUGUAAAGAAGGAAGAGUAGCGGACCCAGAACCGUACCUUGAAGUACGCAACUCGUGAUCGGGUGAGGUGUCCAGGAGCUAUUACCCACCAUGACUUUCUGAUAUCGGUUGGAAACAUAAGACCUAAUGAAGUCGAGUAGAGACGGCCGGAUGCCGAGGACUUCCAAUUUUACUAAAAGACGUCUAUGGGGCAUCUCGUCAAAGCUUUGCUAAUAUCAAAUUAGAUGAAUACCACUGAUAAAUACCAUUAAAUAAAUACCACUCGUCGCUGCUCAUUACGAAGGGUAAUGGUUAGAUUAAGAAAUGCCAAGUGGCAAGUUUCGCAGGAUCGUUCAGGUAAAAUUCCAUACUGACUAGAGCUGAGAGGCCCAUUGGCUAGACCGAAGUCACGAAUUCCACUGAAAAUAAUCCUUUCAAGAAGCCUUGCUAGAGACGGCGUUUUAUGCACGCCGCAACAGUUAUUAACAUCGGAUCGAGAUCCAUACUUCAAGCAGGGAAUGAUAAUUGACGUUUUCCAUGUUCCAGCAAAUAAUCCUUUUUAAAUAUAAACCGAGAAUAAAUGACUAACCAAUAUGAGAAGUUCGGAAUAAUAAAAAAAAUAAUUUUAGGCAGAAGCCCAACAGGCAGCCACAGUGAGAAAUCCUCUCUAGGUGGGUCGGGUAUAACGGGAUGGCGGUUUUGAGGGGAAGAACGGGCGGGGCAAACGGCAAAGGACACUAAAUUGGCAGAUAGAAGCCGAAAAAUGUUGAAAAUCGAAGGAAAAUAAAUUUUUGUUUUAAUGAAGUCAAAAUAGGGGGAGGAUAGCGCGCAAAUAGGGAAAACCGUAGGCAAUGACCAAUCAAAUGAGGGCUGGCCGGGGACGUGAUGUGAUUGGCCGCCGGGGCGAGUAAACCUGAAUCGCCAAGCGGCUAACCAAUGGGAUCAUUGGCGCCGCACUUGAAAGUGGUGUGCGUUAGAUAGGCACGAUGCAUACGAUGCGUAAAGGGGACGCGGGCGGUCAGCAGUGUACUGCGGUUGGGUAAGAGUAUUUGUAUGGCAUGCUUAUGACAAUUGCAUCACUACCCGGCCCCUUACUGACCCCCUCCUCAACCCCUCCCUAUUUGUUAUAUCGGUGAUCUCCACGGCAUGCACCGUUUAGUACGCAUAACGUGAACAAUGUUUAAGAUACCUGGACGUACUCCAACACCACCGCACCAACCUACAGCAAGUCGGCAAACUCCCGACCUUGGCGGUCGCUGUUUUACGGGAUUUGCAAGUAUCCAUGGUGAGAACAGCUUGUAGGCCUACGUAACCCUUUUAAGUUUAAAUUUAUCCGCCGUAACCCAAAUUGGGGGACCAGGCGUGGAAGUACAGAUAGACGAGACGCUCAUAAGUCGCGGCAAAUAAAACAGGGGACGACCGCGGCGGCAGUUGUGGGUCAUAUAUGUACGGUACACGCAGGCGGAAAGCCCUAUUUGAACAGAUUAACAACCGCAGCUGGGAGUCCAUGAGGCCCGUCAUAAGGAAGUGGGUGGCUGCUGGUAGUUUUAUCGUAACCGAUGAGUGGAAAGGUUCCACCCGCCUACCGUCCGAAGGUUGUAGGCACUGCACUGUGAACCGCCGUAGGGGCUUCGUGAAUCCCACAACGGGACGGCAUACGAACGCCAUAGAGGCCAACUGGAGCAGAUUAAGGGGGAACCCUAACAGCAAGCGAGCUCGCCGCAAGCCGGUGUACUUGGGGGGGAGGGGGUAGUGGGUCUGGAGCCUGCUCGCGGUUUGGAUUGGUUCCCGGGUCGGCUGCGUCGGCGUCGCCAAGGGCGCAAGCGGCCGCGCAUAGUUGCACUUGAUUAUCGAUUGGCUUGGUGCCCGAUAGUCCUCUGCCUCUUGCCGGUGCCACUUUUUGCUCUCUCAUGCUGCACUGCACACGUCGUGUCUCGCUCUACGCUGACAAUGCCUACCCUAACUGUCUUUGUUUUUGUGUUCGCUUGUGUCUCCUUUUACGCACAGUUAUAUUUACUCCUGUUAGUAGGCGUUCAUACGGCGUCAAGCCUACCUACUGCGAUUGCAGCCGUUACCUACUGACGAUGGGAAAGCUGGCGAUUGAGGAAAGCCUACAAACGCCAAUUGGAUAAGCUAACCAACGAGCGCGCAGACAAGGACUGGAAGGUGUGACUCUGUACUUCGUCCACAUGCUCUCCAUGCCUACCUACAGUGCCUGUGGCCGUUACCGGCCGGUCAAAGAGGGAGCUGUCGUUUUAGGAUAGGCAACCAUCGACGAGUGGAGAAACUAACCAACGAAGGGCAGACGGAAGACUGGAAGGUAUGACUCUGUACUUCGUCCACUUACUCUCCAUGCCUACCUGCAGUGCCUGUGACCGUUACCGGCCGGUCAAAGAGGGAGCUGUCUAAUGAGGAGAGCCAACCACCGGCGAUUGGAGAAACUAAACAGCGAACGCGCAUACGGAAGACUGGAAGAUAUGAAUCCGUACUUCGUCCACUUACUCUCCAUGCUUACCGACAGUGCCUGUGGCCGCUACCGGCCGGUCUAAGAGGGAGCUGUCGUUUGAGGAGAGCCAACCAUCGACGAUUGGAGAAGCUAACCAACGAAGGCGCGGACGGAAGACUGGAAGGUAAGACUGUGUACUUCGUCCACGUACUCUCCAUGCUUACCGACAGUACCUGUGGCCGUUACCGGCCGGUCAAAGAGGGAGCUGUCGAUUGA